AUGGGCAGUGACCAUGGCUGUCCCUGCAUCUGUCUCUUGCUUCAACAGGGUUUGGACAGAACGGACCCAGAGACACCCCUCUUCCAGCCUCUACCACCCUCCAGCCUUUUUUAUAGUCCCACCUUCAGAACCAUCUCAGCCAUCCUAAGCCUUGAGACCAACCAACACUCUUUUUUUACCUUAGCUCCUCAUUGCCAAACAACCAUAAGCUCCCAGAUUUGUUGGAAUUAUUCCACCCAGGAGGAGGCUCCUGUCAACCCCCUGGUCAACCUGCAUCUGAGGCCUCCUAUACCUACUUCCCUGGGCCUUUAUUUACACCAUCAUGAUGCGGUCCUGGAGGGCAGGGGCCACCUCUUCCAGGAGUUGGCUGAGAAGAAGCACGAGGGAGCCCAGGGUCUCUUGGAGCUGCAAAACCAGCCAGCAUGGGACAUGCAGGAGCUGUUCCAUGAUGAGUGGUGUGGGACUCGGGGUGCCACGGAAGAUCCCUUGGUCCUGGAGAGGAACAUGAACCAGGCCCUUUGGGAUCUACAUGUCCUGGGUUCUGCCUGCACAGGCCCUCAUCUCUGUGACUUCCUGGAGAACCACUUCCUGGAUGAGAAAGUGAAACUCAUCAAGAAGAUGGGUGACCACCAGACUAAACUCUGCAUGCUGGCCUGGCCACAGGCUGCCCUGGGCGAGUGUCUCUUCCAAAGGCUCACCCUUCAGCACCAAGAAGAGUCUUGGAGCACAGAGGCCUUGGUGCCCCCUACAUUCCCCUGGUGUCUGACUUUUUCAUGA